AUGGGAAGGACUCUGACGUCCUUCGAAUUAGUAAAAUGUCUUGAAGAACUAAAAGAUGAUUCAGAUAAAGAUACAAGGGAAACAGCCAAAUCAUUAUUGAAAAAGCUAACAUCCUAUGAAUUCUAUGUUUUAUUGUCAAUUUUACACCAGCUGCUUGCCACAACAGCUGAAUUACAAAAAGAAGAGCUGAAUUUAGCAGAAAAGGAAAUAGCAUCCUUUGGCACUGAUAUUGAGUGUGAAUUUGACCGUUUACAUCGUACACGUUUACGCUCGUGUCGCACUGCUGCCAACAAUACAUCAGCUUACGCUUUUACUCGUGAACAAUUUUAUACAACCUUGUUUUAUACAAUUCUUGAUCAUUUACAUGAUCAAUACAAUGAGUAUUUUGAAAUACUCAAUGCAACAUUAAAAUCGUUCAGACAUAUAUCACCACUAACAAUCGAAAACUUUAGUCAAACCGAAGCCGAUGAACUAACGGCAUUGAUGCCUGGAAUAGAUGAUUCACUGUUGUUGUUUCAAGAAUUUCAACAGCUAACACCAGAAAUUAAAGAAUGUGCUGAUAUGAGAGCAGUAGCAAGAAUGUUAAAAAGCGUUCAUUUACGUUGUCCACGUCUUGCUCGUAUGUAUGAAUUUAUGUUAACGUUACCAGUCACCGUAGCAUCCAAUGAACGUCCUUUCUCAAAACUGAAACUGGUGAAAGAUUAUCUACAAAGCACUAUGGCUAAUGAUCGAUUAUUUUUUUUGUUGACCUGUUCCAUUGAAAGCGAUUUACUGGAUCAUUUGGAUCUAGCAGAAUUGGUUGCUCAUUGGACGUUAAUGAGAGACGAUUUAUUGCAGUUUUCAUUAUUUCAGAUGGCUGGCUAUACUCGUUUUCCAAGACCUUUAAUGACAGAUCGUUAUGCAGCCGAUCGCCCAAGAUUUAAUACACCUCAACAAGUACAUCCUCAACGUAAUGGUCAACGAAAUUUUCCAGACGAUCGUCGAACAGAUAAUCGGCCAAACAUGAAUAAACCAAAUAAUAUACAACGAACGAAUAGUCAAAAUAAGCUCAUUAAUGAAGCAAAUAAACCUGUUGGAAGUAAUUCUUCUGCUACGGGAGGUUCAAAUAAUUCAAUACUUCCUUCUCAAUCGUCGACAACAACACAACAAGUAACAAAUAAUAAAAUUCAGGCAACAGCACGUGUUAGUCCAACUGAUGUACCAACAAAAAUAAUAACACCUACAAAACCAAACACAACAAUCGUGGGGACAACAAAGCCAGAUGUUGUACCACCAACACCAUCUUCAUCGUCAAUAUCUGAAUCUCAACCUUUGGAUAGUUCUACUACGACCAAUCCAACUACUGAUCAACCGAAAAUCGAUACAACAACAGUAAAACCUGAAUCACAACCGUCUGCAGCAGUUAAACAAGCUACUUCUCUUCAACCAAUAUCACAACAAACGCCUGCUGCACAUCAUUCUGCCAUACAUCAUCAACAACAUGCCUCACUGCCACAGCAACAACAACGCGGCCCAAAACGUCCAAGACCACCGAAUGAAUAUCAGCAAGCUUCGGUUUAUAAUCAGGGUGGGGCUGGAGGAAUGGGAAAUUCUUCAUUUGAACAAGAGGAUCGAAAAGUGACACCUAAUUCUUCACAGCAAGGUGGUGAUAAAAAACCGACAACGGGUGGUAGAUGUCGUCUAUUUAUUGGUAAUGUGCCAUCAGAUUUAACACAAGAUGAAUUUCAAGUUUUAUUUGGAAAAUAUGGUGAGCUAGUCGAAUAUUUUGUUAAUCCAUCACGAGGUUUUGGUUUCAUUAAAUUGAGUUCUCGUUCAAUAGCCGAACAGGCUAAAUUAGAUUUAGACGGCUAUCUCUUACGUGGAAAACCAUUACGUAUUCGUUUUGCUAGUCAAGGCGCCACAGUUAAAGUUAAAAAUUUAUCAAUGUCUGUGUCAAAUGAAUUAUUAAAAGAAGCAUUUGCAGUAUUUGGUUCGGUUGAACGUGCUGUGGUAAUUGUAGAUGAUCGCGGAAAAUCGACAGGUGAAGGUAUUAUUGAAUUUGAAAAAAAACCAUCAGCACAGAACUGUUUAAAUGAUUGUACCGAACAUUGUUUCUUUAUAACAAGUGAAUUAAAACCAGUUAUUGUUGAACCAUGGGAUACAAAAGAUGAAGAAGAUGGACUACCAGAAAAAUCAUUGAUUAAAAAUGCAUUGUAUAAUAAAGAGCGUGAAUUAAAACCUCGUUUUGCUGAUAUUAAUUCAAUUGAACAUACAAUCGGUUUAAAAUGGAAAGAAUUAGAAUUACAAGAAAAACAGCUAUAUGAAGAAGUUAAAAAGAGAAUGCAGUAUGCCACUGAACAGGUACAAAUUGAAAUUGACCAAAUGUUAUUAGAACAUCAAUCUCAAUUACUACGAGAAGGUACUGUUUUUGUAAGUAUUGUUCCGUUAACAGAAAAAAAAAAAGAAGAUUUUAAUAUUAGGUCUAAAUUAUUGCGUCGUCAAGAAGAAUUACGUCGUAUCGAUGAAUUACGUACACAAGAUUUAGAUCGUCGUCGUAAUAUUCAAAUGCGUCGUCAAGAACAUUAUGUUGAUUCAUUUGGUAGCGGUGUUACACCACAAGUCGCAGCAGCUGCUGCCUAUGCAGCACAAGCACUUCAACAACAGGGUAAUCCACAAAUGAAUUUUGGUGGCGAUGUGCACACCUAUUCAAAUCCAUUGGCCAAUCUUCAACAAGUACAACAACAACAGGGACAACAACAACAAUCGAUUGAUUCUGCCUAUACUACAGCUAUAACACGUCAGGGUAAUCAAAAUGACCGUUAUGCUGGACAACCGCCGUCACAACAAGUACGCGGAGGUGGUGGCGAUGAUUAUUCUCAACAGUUUGAUAGAAAUAAGCGACCACGCUAUUAG